ACGCUGUACUGCAAUAAACUUUUGUUGACGAGAAUUGGAAACGAUCACACAGAAACAGAAGUUGGAUUUGUCAUCACCCUUGUAAAGAAAUAUAAAUAAUCUUUGGACACACCAUAAAACAAAAGAAAAUAAGAGAAUAAAAAAUGUCUGAAAAUUCUGAAUGUGCAGUCCCACAAAGUUCUCAAGAAUUAGAAGACACGAGCAGUGAUAAUUUAGGACCAAAACAGUCUAUAGUAGGAGAGGAACAGCUUUUGCCUGAUACAUCAGUCGUACAGGGAGAGUUGACAUCUGAACACACUGAAUCUACAACCUUAGAACGGGAUGGAGAAAGUGAAAGUGUAAACAGCGGACACGAAAAAUGCAAAGCAGAAGAGUUGAAACCUGGGGUGACCGAAUCAAUACUUUUAGAAAGGGAGAGUUCGAUUGACAAGAAACAGAUGAACAGCGAUAAAGAAAAUACACAGUCAGACACGGUUGUUUUGGGAGAAGGCUUCACGGUUGAGAGUAGUAACACAAUUUUAAAAUGUGAAAAUAAAAAUGUCAGUAAAUUGUUAUACAGUGGAGAUGACCUUACGCAAUCAGAUGCAGCUGUUGUGGAGGGAGGGUUACAGUUUGAAAAUACUGACUCAACUCACAGUGUCAGUGAACGUGAUGAAAGACAGAUAUACAACGAAGAGGAACAGAUAUUUUCCAACAAAGCUGGUUUAGAAAACGGGCCGGAAUCUCUUUGUACUGACUCAACACCUUUAAAAUCCGAUAGUAUAAAUGAUGGGAAACAGCAAAACAAAGAAGAACUGAAAAUUUCUGACUCAGCUGUUUUAGAAGAAGGAUCAAUAUCUGAAAAUAUUGACUCAACUCUUGUAGCGAUUGAUCGUGAAGGUGACAUAAAUGUCAUGUCUAAUGACAACAGUCAGUCGGUUCAUGCAACGCAUGACGUACUUGAUAAUGUUUCUCCGCUAAUUUCAAACACAGACGAAUCAGCUAUGUCUGACAAAAAUGCUCAAGUUUCGAUAGAGGUUAAAGAUAAAAACAACGAAAUGUAUGAUGAUCAAACAAUGCAAGUCGAUGGUUGUGAUUUACAUAAUAAAAACUACGAUCAAUUUACAGAAGAGAUUAAACCUGACAAUGUUAAUACUGCUCUGCUCAACACACCCGAUGAAGAAAUAUCUAUCGAUAAUUUUGUCGUUAUAACGUCUACAGAACUUGAGGAGUUAUCAAUGGAAGAAAAAACACCAACAAACGAAGUUAUGUUGAGUUACAGUAAAAAUUUAGACGAUAACAAAGAGAGCGAUGGUUUAGAGAUUACAUUAACCCAGUCGUGUCUAAAAGAGGAAGGAAAUACACAAAAGGAGAUGGAGACAUAUGAAACGUUAAAGGAACUGAAUUUAAAUACCAAUUUAUCUGUAGACGAAAAGAACGCAAAUCUUGGAAACUGGGAUACAAUUAUUCAAAGUAAUGAAUCGUCACAAUCCAUCGGGGAAGUUGAAAAUACCAUUCAUAAUAAAGAUUUAAACAAUAAAGUUAAAGUAGAAGCCGAGAGUGUAGAUGAUAAAGAAAAGGGAAAAGUUGAGCAAGAUGGAGAUGUAAAAAUAUUAGAUCCUUCUGAUGGUGAUGCUGAAACACAGAAAGAAAUAAUCGAUGUAGAGGAAGAUCUGUUUCUUUCAACGAAUGCUGAAAACGAUGAUCCUAGCAAUGAAUUGGGCAAAGAAGAUGUUGGAAAUUCUGAUAAGAGUUCUGACUCUAAAUUUGUUGAGGAGCCGUCAUCAGAUGAUACUACUGAUAAAAUAUCCUUGUUUGUUGAUAACAUUCUAAACAGCGUUUCGACAGCCCAGCUGAAUAAUUCUAAUGAAAUAACAAAUCCACCUGAUCUAAAUAGACUAGUAGAAAGUGAAAACAAUACUAUUUCAGCUAUAAAUACAUUAGCUGAAAAUAAUGACUCUGUGAACUCGUUAGAUGAGGACGAUUUGAAACCAAAGACUCAGACAUCGAAUGAAGAAGUAGGAUUGGAUAUUGAUAUCCUUUUAACAGGCAAUACGACUGACGAAAACACUAAUUUUACUACUGAAGUACAAGAUUCAAUAGACUCUAUUUCUAUUAAUUUGGCUCAUGAAAGUUGUCAAUCUUUAAUCACGGAUGAGAAGAUUCCAGACUUUGAAUCUGACGGUUCCAAAAUCCAAAAACAAAUUGAUGAAAAUAUCACGGUGCCGAGUUCUGAGAACGAGGCAGCGGAGUUGGAAUCUUCUUCAGAUAUUUCUCACGUUGAUUCUUGCCUGCCUGAUACUACCAAACAGUGUGAGAGCGAAGCUGUUGAUCCUUGUGAAUCUGUGUUGGCCCAAGAGCAACAUUUGAGUAAAACAGAAGAAAAACACAACGAAGAAGAAUAUGCAGAUUCCAAUUAUACAUCUUUGAGUAGCGUAGACAUUGAGGAUUCGGUAUCUGAAGUGAAUGAAAACAACGAAACUUUGGAGACGUCAAGGGUUCAUGGAGAUGAGACUCAGGAAUUGUCAAGUCUAGAAAACACAUUCUUAGAAAGCCGCAGUAAUGAUUUGAAUUCACAAACCCCUGAAUCUGGUGUGGCUCAACCGUUUUCAAAUGCUCAGAACACUACAGCAAAUACGACACCAGAAAACAGAAAUACAGGAAAUGCUGUAGCCACGGCCAUAAAACUUGGAGGUAUCGCAGCGGCUGGUAUCGGUGCUGCCCUUGCCGCUCCGAUUCUCAUUAGUACAUUGGGCUUUGAAGCGGGCGGUAUCGUAGCUGGGAGUAUCGCGGAGCUUCUGAUGGAAACCGCCAAUUCAAUUGGAUUUGGUACGAUGGCCCUCUCGGCUCUGGAAUCUGUUGGUGUUGAAGGUCUUGACAUCGGCACCCAAGUUCUCAUCGGCGUGGCUGGGGCUAGCACGGCAGGGGGCGUGGUCGCUGUGGCGGAAGUGAUGCGGAGAAAUGUCAACGCUGAUCUGCGCAGUGAAGAGAGAAUAUUGGACCGGAAUAAUGGUGGCAAAAAUGGGGAACUUGAUCAUAACACAUCGACGAGUAAUUAUCGAAUGGAUGAUUUGGAUUCUAAUUGCACGUAUGAGUCAAGAGAAAAUUUGGAGAAUGCGUCUAUUGAAGAAACAAAUAGCCCUGAUAAUUUUCGAAACGAAGUCAAUCACACUGAGAAACAAAACUUUGAGAACGAUAAUUUAGAACAUUCCAAUCAGCAUUUAGCCAUAGGCAAUGCAUCAACAGAUUGUUCAACAACAGUUACCGUUUCACCUGAUUCGACAAUAGAGUCGGAUGCAACGCAAGAAUUGGAUCAUGAUAUCGUCGCUGACGUCAUUGAAAAUCUGAAAACAACGGUCGAAGAAACACAAAAGGAUGGCAAUGGCAAAAUGGAGGAGGAAUCUAAAGGAGUCUUUGUGUGCAAGCAAGAUGAUGAAAAACUUGAAGACAACAAGAAUAAAAUAGAGGAAGAAGCAAAACAAGAUCUAACAUACAACGAUGAGAAUAACACACAACGGGACUACACACACAAAGAUGAGAAUGAAACACGAAUUGAUUACACGCAUACAAAUGAUGAUGAAACACAACUUGAUUACAUACACAAAUAUGAGAAUGAAACACAACUUGAUUACACACAUAAAGAUGAGAAUGAAACACAACUUGAUUACACACAUAAAGAUGAGAAUGAAACACGAAUUGAUUACGCACAAAAAGAUAAGAAUGAAACAAAGCUUGAUUACACACAUACAAAUGAUGAUGAAACACACCAGGAUUACACACACAUAGAUGAGGAAGAAACACAAGAAAGUUCUGUUGACAAACUAGAAGAAGACACACUACACAAAGAAACACAAUUGGAUUGCAAAGAUAAGCUAAGGGGAGAAACAAACGAAAUUACUGAGCAGGAAAAAUAGGAAGAAAGACACGGGGAAUAUAUAGGCAACCAAAAAGGAAGAAACAAGAAAUGAUGUGUUAGAAUAAGCUUUAAAAACGUAAAAGAAUAAACAAAAAGGAAAACCAUUAUGAAAAACUGUACGGAUAGAAAAAUAAAAUGAACCACCGGUUUAAUCCUUUUGUACCUCCAUAGCCAUACAGUCUAUACCUAAAAGUACUACAAUAAUGCGUCAAUUCUAAAAGAAGAAAAAAAGAAAAUUGGACACUGUCUUAAAGUCUGAUUUGUUUUAUUAUAAAAUAAGAUUUUAAUAAACUGCUUUCUAAAAAACGUGAUUCUUUUAAAAGAAUAAAUUAAACAUGUAUGAUUAUAAAUAAAAUAAACAUAAUUUCUUA